CCAUGCCGACUGUCAGCGUGAAGCGCGACCUGCUCUUUCAAGCCCUGGGCCGCACCUACACUGACGAAGAAUUUGAUGAGCUGUGUUUUGAAUUUGGCCUGGAACUUGAUGAAAUUACGUCUGAGAAGGAACUUAUAAGCAAGGAGCAAGGCAAUGACAAGGCAGCUGGGGCCUCUGAGGUGGUUCUCUACAAAAUUGACGUCCCUGCUAAUCGACAUGAUCUUCUCUGUCUGGAGGGAUUGGUCCGAGGACUUCAAGUCUUCAAAGAAAGGAUAAAAGCCCCAGUAUAUCAACGGGUCAUGCCUAAAGGAGAACUCCAGAAAUUGAUAAUUACAGAAGAGACAGCUAAAGGACGUCCUUACGCCGUAGCAGCAAUUCUCCGCAAUGUCAAGUUCACUCCAGACCGGUACAACAGCUUCAUUGACCUCCAGGAGAAACUGCAUCAGAAUAUUUGCAGGAAACGCUCCUUGGUUGCUAUAGGUAGCCAUGAUUUGGACACCUUAUCCGGGCCAUUCACUUAUACUGCCAAGCGCCCUUCAGACAUCAAGUUCAAGCCUCUCAAUCAGACCAGGGAGUAUACAGCCUGUGAACUGAUGAACAUGUACAAGACUGAUAAUCACCUUAAACAAUAUUUACCUAUCAUUGAGAAUAAACCUCUGUACCCAGUUAUCUAUGAUAGCAAUGGUGUUGUCCUUUCAAUGCCUCCAGUAAUCAAUGGGAAUCAUACCAAGAUAACACUAAAGACUAGAAAUGUAUUUAUUGAAUGCACAGGAACUGACUUUACUAAGGCAAAAAUCGUCCUGGAUAUUAUUGUCACCAUGUUCAGUGAAUAUUGUGAGAAUCCGUUUACAGUUGAAGCAGUUGAAGUAGUUUAUCCGAAUGGGAAGUCCCAUACCUUUCCAGAGCUGGCCUACCGGAAGGAGAUGCUGAGAGCUGAUCUCAUCAAUAAAAAAGUUGGAAUUAAAGAAACUCCAGAAAAUCUUGCCAAGCUUCUGACCAGAAUGUACUUAAAGUCAGAAGUUAUCGGUGAUGGGCACCAGAUAGAGAUAGAAAUCCCUCCAACCCGAGCUGACAUCAUCCAUGCCUGCGAUAUUAUAGAAGAUGCUGCAAUCGCUUAUGGAUAUAACAACAUUCAGAUGAGUCUCCCGAAAUCGUAUACCAUCGCUAAUCAGUUACCUCUUAAUAAGCUCACAGAACUCCUACGACUCGACCUGGCGGCGGCUGGCUUCACCGAGGCACUCACGUUUGCGCUGUGCUCCCAGGAAGACAUUGCUGAUAAGCUGGGUUUGGAUGUCUCUGCAACAAAAGCAGUCCACAUUGCAAAUCCUAAAACAGCUGAGUUUCAGGUAGCACGCACUACCCUUCUUCCUGGUCUCCUGAAGACUAUAGCCUGCAAUCGGAAGAUGCCUCUUCCUCUGAAGCUCUUUGAAAUCUCCGACAUCGUGGUCAAAGAUCCCAGCACAGAUGUAGGUGCCAGGAACCACAGGCACCUCUGCGCUGUGUAUUACAACAGGAGCCCUGGGUUUGAGAUUAUCCACGGACUGCUGGACAGGCUCAUGCAGCUGCUCCAGGUGCCUCCUGGUGAGAAGAAGGGCGGCUACGCCAUCAGAGCUUCGGAAGGCUCUGCCUUCUUCCCUGGGCGAUGUGCCGAGAUCUUUGCCCGGGGUCAGAGCGUCGGGAGGCUCGGCGUCCUCCAUCCUGACGUCAUCACCAAGUUUGAGCUGACCAUGCCCUGCUCCUCCCUGGAAAUCAAUAUUGGGCCCUUUUUGUGAGGAUGGAGCCCUGUGUGUGGCACCCGAGUCCCCACCCCCGUGUCCUCCAUUUCUGCUUCAUGUUGAAUCAAGUAAAGACUCCUGUCUGGUG